AUCGCUGUUGAAGACAGACUUCCUCACUAGCACUUUACUUAACGUUAUUCAGCUAUUUCACUGUGUUUCCAUCAUUGACAUAUUGACAUAUGUGUGUUUCACUGUUUUUUUUUCUCCACGAUGCUUCCCGCAGCUGCAGUUUUUCAUUUCCCCUGGGAAGUAAACUCUGGAGCAGUACAGGAAGGAGAAUCAGUGAGAGUACUUGGCAGACUUGUCUGCUAUCAGCCUGAGCAGUCCAGAGCUACACUGUCAGCUCAGCAUGCUGCUAAAGAGCACCACGUGGCUGUCCACACCUUGUUUGUGGAGCCUUUUCACUCAAUAAUUGGGGCCCAGUACUUAGUUCUGGGUGAGAUUGAAAAUGCUGAGGGGGUUGAUGUGAUGGUCCGUGCCCGUGUGCUGAACUGCGUUGAUGGUGUAAACGUUGCACUUCUACAGAAAGCCAUCAAUGAGCAAAGGAACUUCUUUGGGGAGAGGGAGUGCAAACAUGGUGAUGCUGCAUUAUCUGCACAUGCAACCUGAUCAGGGUCUCCCAAGUUUCCCAGGGUGCUCGUUUACUAUCAGAACUACAGUGCUGCCUCCUGAAACGGUUUGCCAAGGUGCACUUGAGUACUGUUGUGUGAGCUCAAGUCAAGACCGUCUGGUUAACUCUAAAAGACGGUUUAUAUGACUAUUUUGUCUACCUCUGACCAUAAAAGUGUAUUAGUACCUGGGUUUGCCAUUUGACAAUUAAGGCCCCAAAUGGAUGAAUGGAUCAACAUCGAGGCUUCAUGUUUGGUCAAUGAAGAAUUAACAGCAGAUGUUUUGGCUUAUAAAUAUGGUGCAUAUUUUUUAGCCAUGUCUCUCAGUGUUGAGACAUGAUGGUUUUUCAGUGCUUCCAUUUCAUAUGGUGGGUGUUACCAGUCUCAUUAUUAUAUAUGUACUUGUGCACACUGUGCUUGUGUGUGUACUGUGGUCUGAUAUCUUUCAAAAAUGCUUUAAAAAUGGUUACAACAGAUAUUUCAUGUAUGGGUCGUGUAAUAUAGAAUUAGAAAAUAAUUAGAAAAACCAAACUAUAUUCCACUCAUAUUAAAAUGGCAAAGGUUUAAAAUUUUACACAGAAGUAUAAAUGCGUUCUUUGUACUGUGUACUGUGUUGUUGUUGUUGUUGUUGUUGUGACAGACAAUUUAAAAGAUGACUAUUAGGUCUUAUCUAUUACAGUGUUUCUCAAAUGGGGGUACUUGUACCCCUAGGGGUACUUUGGAGGACUGCAGGGGGUACGUGAGAUAUUUAACAAAAUGUUUAAUAGUUACAAGGCUGUUGUC